AUGGCUUCUCAAGCUAGGGUCGAGGCGAAGAGCAAGAAACGCCUCAUCGUCAAUGCUUUUGUCGAAAUGUGCAGUGGGCACCAGUCUCCAGGGCUGUGGAGGCACCCAGAAGAUCAGUCAUGGAGGUUUACAGAUGUAGAUCAUUGGGUCGAGCUUGCGAAACUGCUUGAGAAAGCCAAUUUUCACGGUAUCUUUAUAGCCGACGUCCUCGGUGGAUACGACGUUUAUAAACAAUCGUUGGACCCAGCUGUCAUCUCUGGGGCACAGUGGCCUGUCAAUGAGCCUUUGUCCGUGGUUUCCGCGAUGGCUGCGGCAACUCGCAGCAUCGGCUUCGGUGUGACCGUCUCAACGACAUACGAGCAGCCUUACCACUUGGCUCGCCGGCUGUCGACCCUUGAUCACUUAACAAAGGGCCGCCUUGGCUGGAAUAUUGUCACGAGUUAUCUGGACUCUGCAGCACGCAAUAUGGGGCAAUUCCAGCAGCCUGACCAUGACGAUCGUUACGCACAAGCUGAAGAAUACAUCAAGGUUAUGUACAAACUCUUCCAGUCUUCCUGGAGAGACGAUGCAGUGCAGUUGGAUCGCAAGAACGGCAUAUACACCUCGCCCGAUUUGGUGAGGCAGAUCGACCACAAGGGAAAGUUCUUCACUGUUCCAGGGCCCCAUAUUGUCCAACCAAGUCCGCAACGGACGCCGCUUCUCUUGCAGGCAGGAACAUCGCGCGCUGGUAAGGUCUUUGCGGCCCAGCAUGCAGAGGCUAUAUUUGUUUCAGCCCACUCACCACAAGUGUGCGCCAAGAAUAUCGCCGAAGUUCGCCAGCUAGCCCAAGAGCAGUUUGGAAGACAGCCAAAAAAUCUCAAAGUUCUAGCACUUGUGACGCCCAUUCUCGGAAGGACCGAAGAAGAGGCGGUGGCGAAAUUAAAAGAUUACCGGCAGUAUGCAUCACAUGAAGGCGCUCUCGCCCUAUUCGCAGGUUGGACUGGAAUCGACCUGAACAAAUACGGUGACGAGGAAGAGCUACGCCAGGUAGAAAGCAAUGCUGUGAGAUCAACGGUCGAGGCUUAUGCCAAAUUUUCACCCCAAAACGCGAAAUGGACUAAGCAUACUGUCGCUGAACAUGUCAGCAUUGGGGGCAACGGGCCGAUCUUGGUUGGAACCCCAGCCCAAGUUGCCGACGGCUUGGAGACAUGGGUAGAGGAGGCUGAUGUUGACGGAUUCAACUUUGUAUGUCCUGAUACCUGGAAUUCCGUUGCUGACCGACAUACUAGAAUUCAAUGA